CUUGAUUGGGUGUGAGAGUGUGGGCCUGUGUCUUAACAGGUUUAAGGCACUCCACAUUCACCUGCCGGGAUGCUUCAGUGCCCUUCACACAGCCGCCUGCACCCUGCUCGCCACCCCAAAUCCAUUUCAUGCCCUCGCUUUCACCCGCCGAUGCGGGCAAUUUGUGAGCAAACGACGUCGAAGGCCGGUAAUGAAGCAUGAAGACCGAGGAGGAGGAGAGAGAUGAGAUGGCAGAAGUCAUUGUGAACCAUUUUGUAGCAGAGGCCCUGUCUUCAGGAAAUGGACAUGUCUUCAGAGGCAUGGAGAUGCAGGAUGACGAGGAGCAGCCGGAAUCACCCAGAGCCCCCACAGACAGCAGCCAUGCCCAUGAGCUCCCCGCCCAGACCACCAACUCAGAUUCGGACUCUUCAAGAUUUGGGCUCCUAAACACAUCAAGAAAAUAUGUGAAGCUAAUGAACUUUAAGGAGGAGGUGCGGGCCCACAGGGAUUUGGACAGCUUCCUGGCACAGGCCAGCAUCCUGCUGGAUGAAAAGGCUGCCUCUCUGGAUGAGGUGCUGAGGCGGAUGCUGGAGCAUCUAGCCCAGGAUGGCCAGGGCAGCUGGAACCAGGAGGAGGUCACCCGCGCCCUGUUCACUGACGCUGGGGGGCAGGAGGCCAGCGUGCACCUGCUGACUGAGACCAUUCAGGGCGUGACGGCCACUGCCACUGGGGUGCGCUACCAGCAGUCCUGGCUGUGUGUGCUAUGUAAUGUGAAGAGCCUGCAGCGGCGCUGUGUCUGCAUCGCUCGGCUGGAGAGGCCUCAGAACUGGGGGGUGAACUGCUGUGAAGCCCGUUUUGUCAUCCUCAUCCUUUCACCACCUAGAAUGAAAAGCACCAAGACAGCUAUAGAACUUGGCCGCACCUUCGCCACCAUGUUCUCAGACAUCUCCUUCAGAGAGAAGCUUCUGGAGACGAAGACUCAGGAGGACUUCAAACAGGAGCUGGUGCUCCAGAGGCAGCUGCUCUCCUCUCCCACUUAUAAAGUGUCCAUGGAAGAAGAGACCGGUCCUCACAGCAAUAAACCACUCAAGGUAACGGAUUUUCUGCAAGCUGGUCGUGGUAUUUAUGAAGACCUCAGCCGUAGACUUCCUCAUUACAUUUCUGAUUUCACUGAUGGUAUGUAUGGAAGUAGCAGGUCUCUGCUGAAGUAUACAACAACAGCCAUCUUCCUCUACAUCGCCAUCCUGCUGCCUGCCAUUGCCUUUGGCUCUCUUAACGAUGAAAGCACACGAGGCGAGAUAGAUGUCCAGAAGACCAUUGUGGGCCAGAGUAUUGGAGGUGUGAUCUAUUCUUUUUUCGCUGGCUCUCCUAUGGUCAUUCCCCUGACCACUGCACCCCUUGCCAUCUUCAUCAGUGUUAUCAGAGGUAUCUGUGAUGACUAUGACCUCGACUUUCCUGCGUUCUACGCAUGCAUUGGUCUGUGGAACAGCCUGUUCCUUAUACUGGGAGGCGUCUUCAAUGUCAGCUUAUUCAUGAAGCUUUUCAAACGCUCCACAGAGGAAGUCAUAGCUUUGUUCAUCUCAAUUGCCUUUGUGGGUGAUGCUGUGAAAGGCACCAUCAAAAUCUUUCAUAAGUACUACCAUGAACCCACGCUGGUGAACAGGAGUGCUGUGGAGUUACAGAGCUUGGCUGAUGUGCUCCAGCAGCCCGGAAGCAGUGGUGCUGGUGUAUCUCUGCCUGCAGUACUCAUGUUGUGCACCAAGGAGCGCCCUAUCCUCUGUCUACUGCUCAUGCUGGGAACUCUGUGGCUCGGUUAUGUUCUUUUUCUCAUCAAGAGGAGCCCCUUUCUCCAUGCUAAAGUAAGGGAGGUGGUGUCAGACUGUGCUUUGCCCAUUUCUGUGGUCAUAUUCUCCUUCGUGGGCUCGUAUCUAUUCAUUGACAUUGAGCUUCCAGUGUUCAACUACUACAGUGGUCCUGUAUUCAAUGUGGCUCCUUUGAAUAAGCUCACGGGCAUGAACGUACUCAGUGCGUGUGGCCUUGGUUUCCUCCUCGCUCUGCUCAUCUUCAUUGACCAGAACAUUGUGAUCUCCCUCACCAAUGCUCCUGAGAAUAGAUUGCUGAAAGGAACGGCAUACCACUGGGAUCUCAUGCUCUCUGGAUUUAUCAACAUCUUGAUGUCAGUGCUGGGGUUGCCAUGGAUGCACGCAGCUUUCCCCCACUCCACACUGCAUGUCCGUCAGCUGGCUAAGGUUGAGCAGCGUGUGGAGCAGGGACACCUCUACGAGACGAUUGUCAGCGUGAAGGAGACUCGUCUGACAUCACUGGCUGCAAACGUCCUGAUAGGAUUGUCUGUGUUCCUGCUGCCAGUGCCACUGCAGUGGAUUCCUAAGCCCGUCCUCUACGGCCUUUUCCUCUACAUCGCUCUCACCUCCAUCGAAGGCAACCAGAUGUGUGACCGGAUCGCCCUGCUGCUCAAAGAACAAACUUCAUAUCCACCCACACACUACAUUCGGCGAGUGCCUCAGAGGAAAGUUCACUACUUCACAGGUCUACAGCUGAUCCAACUGAUCACCCUGUGUGCCUUUGGGAUGUACCCUCUACCGUAUAUGAAGAUGAUCUUCCCCCUGCUCAUGAUCCUCCUCAUUCCUGUCAGGAAGAGUUUGCUGCCAAAGAUAAUUGAAGCAAAGUACUUGGACAUCAUAGACGCUCAACACAUGUAAUGAGUAAUAGAGAUUUACCCAAGAGUUGUAAACGCAGCAGGAAAUGUGUCUUGGAAAGAAAGCAGAAGCAGAAAUGACACCAAAUGAGCGACAUUAAUACUGUUAAUAUACCUCUAUACUUUUUUCUGUAUCAUCGCUGUCAUAUAACAACAUAUAACAGUCUUUUACAUUGUUUGAACAUUUCAUGGCAAAUGGACCAAUAAAAAUGGUGCAAAAUUACUUGGAAUUAAAUCUCAUUAAAGUUAAG